AUGUGUCGUUCCAUCUACAGUCUCGCAUUCUGCGGCCACGAGUUUAUUUCCGGCAAGCAGAAAUGCGAAAGCUAUUUAGCCUGGGAGGCAGCAUGGGAUCAAAAAAGUGCACCCCCUCCUGUAUGUUCCACUCCCGCAGCCGAUCCUCACGACGUGAAAACCUUCGAUUACAACUGUUACGAGUGCAAGCCGAGGUUUAACACGUUUCGUCUGGAUAUGGUGGAGCGUCGCGACGACGCAAGUCUCAUCAGGCGAGACAUGGACAAGGCAAUUGUGGCUGCUGGUGGCGCGUAUACUGGAAAACAGAGAUAUGAGAUGUUGAAGCGCUUUGAAGAUUACAACCACGCUAUCGAAAUGAUGUUUGAGGACGUCGAGCAUGAAUUCCACGGUACUCAUAACGUCCUUGAUCGUGUUCGGGGAGAAGCUGAGUCUGCCAAAAAGGAAGUUGCUGAAUGGAAAGAGAGGUAUGCGCAGUUGCUUUGGGACAAGAAAACACAUGCUACUAUGAACAAGAGUAGCGAGGCUUUGGGACAAGGCUGCACUCAUCCUUCUGUUGAUUAUAAGUGUUCGUUUUGA